AUGGAACUUGUCGGCUGCUUCGCCAGGUUACGAAUUUACGAGGAGAAUGCUCGAUUCAUACUAAUCUCCUUACUGUUAGUGCUCUACCUCAUGCUUGGUGCUUUACUCUUUAAUCAUGUCGAACGGGAAAAUGAAAUCCAAGAGCGGCGAGAACAAUGUGAGCUUGUGAACAAUGAGCCAUUUCAUUGGCCAGCUCAAUAG